AUGUCCCCAUUGUCCAGUGUCGCCAGGACCUCCAUGAGGGCCGCAAGAGCCAACAUCGCCGCCAUGAGAAAGGCCUCCGCCGCCUCGGGCCCACAGACCAUGACCGUCAGAGACGCUUUGAACUCUGCCAUCGCCGAGGAGUUGGACAGAGACGACGACGUCUUCCUCAUGGGUGAGGAGGUGGCCCAGUACAACGGUGCCUACAAGAUUUCCAGAGGUUUGCUUGACAGAUUCGGCGAGAGAAGAGUCAUUGACACGCCUAUCACCGAGAUGGGUUUCACUGGUUUGACCGUGGGUGCUGCUCUUGCUGGAUUGAAGCCAGUGUGUGAGUUCAUGACGUUCAACUUCGCCAUGCAAUCCAUUGACCACAUCAUCAACUCCGCUGCCAAGACCUUGUACAUGUCCGGAGGUAUCCAGCCAUGUAACAUCACGUUCAGAGGCCCCAAUGGUGCUGCUGCUGGUGUCGCUGCUCAACACUCGCAGUGUUACGCUGCUUGGUACGGAUCCAUUCCAGGUUUGAAGGUGGUGUCUCCAUACUCCGCUGAGGACUACAGAGGUUUGAUGAAGGCUGCUAUCAGAGACCCUAACCCAACCAUCUUCUUGGAGAAUGAGAUUGCUUACGGUGAAUCGUUUGAGGUUUCCGAGGAGGCUCUCUCCACCGACUUCGUCAUUCCUUUCGGUAAGGCCAAGAUUGAGAGAGAAGGUACUGAUAUUACCUUGGUUUCGCACACCAGAUCUGUUAAGCACUGUCUUGAAGCUGCUGAGGUUUUGGAGAAGGAGUACGGUGUCAAGGCUGAGGUUCUCAACUUGAGAUCCAUCAAACCUAUGGAUGUUCCAGCUAUCAUUGAGUCUGUUAAGAAGACCAACCACUUGGUGACUGUGGAGUACGGUUUCCCUGCAUUUGGUGUUGGUUCCGAGAUCUGUGCCCAGAUCAUGGAGUCCGAGGCUUUCGACUACUUGGACGCUCCAGUUGAGAGAGUCACUGGUUGUGAGGUCCCAACUCCAUACGCCAAGGAGUUGGAGGCUUUCGCCUUCCCAGAUGCCGAGAUCGUGUUGAGAGCCUCCAGAAAGGUGUUGGGCUUGUAA